CGGCCCAAAAGGAAAAAUGAAGACGCUGAGCAUGAAUGACUGGCGAAAGAUCUUUAAGGAGCAGAUGCAAGAGGUGAAACCCAAUGAUGUCUGGAGACUGAAGAUGGAUUGGCAACUUGAUUUCAAUCACUUUAGCCCUGGAUGGGUGCAAGUCUUACAGGAUCAAGCCCAUGCAAGGUUUACAUGUUCGCAGUGCUACCAUAGCUGGUUGUCCUAUCAGGUUGUUAUCCUCUUCCACAUGAACUGGGAGCAAAAGGAAAGACGGGGGUCGGUCUUGAUGAAGCCGUUUAGGCAGCAGUGCCUCAAGUGUUCUUCAGAGAAGCAUGAAGUGCCAGAGUUCACUGAGACAGAUGUCACCAGUGUCAUACAUCACUUGAUCCUCGACAUCCAGGAGAAAUGCUAUGGGGAAUACGUUGAUCGCAGUGAACUCUCUGAGGUGGUAUGGGACAGGGAGUACGACGGGCCACAUAAGCGCCAACAGUGUGAAGCUUGCCGAAUGGGACUGCACAGAAAGCAUCAUGGGAACUCUGCAGACCAGCAUGGGCAGCCUCAAGGUGCAAUGCAUUAUGGGAAGCCCCAGCUUCCCAUUAGUACAGAAAGUAACCAAUGUGUAACGAUGCACAGUUCCUCAACAGAAAGACAGGCUCCGCCAGUCACAGACCCCUCAGAUCUCAAUUUCUGGACAACUAGUAUGGAAAAUAACCAGCAUGCAACAAGGCACAGUUCCUCAACCGAAAGACAGGCUCCAUCAGUCACAGACCCCUCAGAUCUCAAUUUCUGGACAACUAGUAUGGAAAAUAACCAGCAUGCAACAAGGCACAGUUCCUCAACCGAAAGACAGGCUCCGCCAGUCACAGACCCCUCAGAUCUCAAUUUCUGGACAACUAGUAUGGAAAAUAACCAGCAUGCAACAAGGCACAGUUCCUCAACCGAAAGACAGGCUCCAUCAGUCACAGACCCCUCAGAUCUCAAUUUCUGGACAACUAGUAUGGAAAAUAACCAGCAUGCAACAAGGCACAGUUCCUCAACCGAAAGACAGGCUCCGCCAGUCACAGACCCCUCAGAUCUCAAUUUCUGGACAACUAGUAUGGAAAAUAACCAAUGUACAACAAUGCAUAGUUCCUCAACCGAAAGACAGGCUCCGCCAGUCACAGAAUCCUCAGAUCCCACAGUUACUUGCAACCGUUGGAAAUGUGCUUGCUGGAAAUGUGUUUUGUUAACCAGUGCUGCUAUUGUUCUAUUUGUUUCUGUUGUUCUUAUUUUAAUUGCCUAUUGGCUUAAUUGGAUCUAGAGACGACAGAAUGGGGCAAGGGGCAGAAAUGAAUGCUGGAGCGAUAUGAUGUUCAACCAGGAA